ACGGCUGCGCUCCCCCUCGGCCGAACAGCUAUUGCGGUAGUGCCGCCGCCGCCGCCGCCGCCGCCGCGUGCGCUCUCUUUCUCUCCCGGUCUCUCUCUCGCGCGGCGACGAGCCGACGACUGCGCUACCGCCGCAGCUGCCGCCGCCGUACGCCAGAGGCCCAGGUCUUCAUCCGGCUCUUCGCUAGCAGCGAGCUCCCACCUGAUCUCCCAUUCAUUUUUUUUUAAAUAAAAAACCCGUGGGUUUGGGAUGGCAUCACCUGUCCAAAUGAUGGCAAGCAAUCUAUUACGCACAGAAGGCUUUUCUGGAAAUAUGGGACAAAGAUAUGGUUUAAUUGCUGCAAGAAGUCUUGGAUUAAGAAGGUUGCGAAUGACUCAACAUUGCUUCCAUCAACAACAUCUUUGUUGGCGACAUGUACAAAGUGGUGUGGUUCAUAAUAUCCGAUCAUCAUCAUCUCCUGGGGCUGUUGUAUCCAAGGGGUUUGACAGCCCAUUAGUUGAGAAACCUGAUACUUCAUUGGAUGUUGGAAUUAUUCACUUGUACCGCGUACCAUUUCUUCAAGAAAGUGAAACCAUGGAGCUGCUCAAGAAAGUGAAGGCGAAGGUUUCUGCUAAUAUUGUUGAUAUACUGACCGAGCAGUGCUUCAAUAUUCAAUUGGAUAAUCCACUCACCCCUGAGAAACUUUCAACGCUUCAUUGGCUCUUAGCAGAAACUUAUGAACCAGAUAAGUUGCAAAGUAGGAGCUUUCUGGAGGAGGAAGAAUCUAGUAGUUCCUAUGCUGUCAUUGUUGAGGUUGGUCCCCGGAUGACAUUUUCAACGGCAUUCUCAACCAAUGCUGUCUCAAUUUGUAAAUCUCUCUCAUUAGUAGAAGUGAGCAGACUGGAGAGGUCAAGAAGAUACCUUUUGCGCCUUGAGCCUGGUAGUGAUCCACUUGAUGAAAGUCAGCUCAAAGAAUUUGCUGCAUUGGUUCACGAUAGAAUGACAGAGUGCAUUUAUCCCAAAAAGCUCACAUCAUUUCAGUCAGAUAUAGUUCCUGAACCUGUCCGUGUUGUUCCAGUCAUUGAAAGAGGAGAAGAAGCAUUGGAAGAAAUAAAUGUGAAGAUGGGGCUUGCUUUUGAUAAACAAGAUAUUGACUAUUAUACACACCUGUUCAGAGAUGAUAUUAAACGCAAUCCGACUACAGUGGAACUUUUUGAUAUUGCACAAUCCAAUAGCGAACAUAGUAGACAUUGGUUUUUCAAUGGAAAACUUGUUAUAGAUGGACAGACCAUGCCUGCCACUUUGUUCCAGUUAGUGAAGAGGCCUCUGAAAGCCAACCCCAAUAACUCUGUCAUCGGAUUCAAGGAUAACUCAAGUGCAAUAAAAGGAUUCCCAGUAAACCAUCUACGCCCAACAAUUCCAGGUUCCACUUCACCAUUAUCCAUCAUGAUGCGUGAGCUUGAUAUUUUAUUCACAGCAGAAACCCAUAAUUUUCCAUGUGCUGUUGCACCAUACCCGGGAGCCGAGACAGGUGCAGGUGGCCGUAUAAGAGACACACAUGCCACUGGAAAGGGUUCUUUUGUUGUUGCUUCCACUGCUGGUUACUGUGUUGGUAAUCUUCGAAUUGACAAUUCAAAUGCACCCUGGGAGGACCCUUCAUUUUCUUACCCAGUGAAUCUGGCCUCUCCAUUGCAAAUUCUUGUCGAUGCUAGUGAUGGUGCCUCUGACUAUGGUAACAAGUUUGGUGAGCCUCUAAUUCAGGGAUAUACCAGAACAUUUGGGAUGAGGUUGCCAAAUGGGGAGCGGCGUGAAUGGUUGAAGCCUAUAAUGUUCAGUGGAGCUAUUGGGCAAAUUGACCAUGCACACAUAUCGAAGUGUGAUCCAGAAAUUGGCAUGCUAGUUGUGAAGAUUGGUGGUCCAGCAUACAGAAUUGGUAUGGGCGGUGGUGCUGCCUCGAGUAUGGUUAGUGGCCAGAACGACGCAGAGCUUGAUUUCAAUGCUGUACAGCGUGGAGAUGCUGAGAUGGCACAGAAAUUGUAUCGUGUGGUCAGGGCAUGUGCAGAAAUGGGAGAGAAUAACCCUAUCAUUAGCAUCCAUGAUCAGGGCGCAGGAGGAAACUGUAAUGUCGUUAAGGAAAUAAUAUAUCCAAAGGGUGCUGAAAUUGAUAUCCGUUCAAUUGUUGUUGGUGAUCAUACAUUGUCGGUCUUGGAGAUAUGGGGUGCUGAGUACCAGGAACAGGAUGCGCUACUUGUGCAACCUGGGAGCAGAAGCCUGUUAGAGUCGCUUUGUGAUAGGGAAAGAGUUCCAAUGGCUGUCAUUGGGAAAAUUGAUGGCUGUGGGAAAAUUGUGUUGAUUGAUAGCGCUGCUGUAGAGCAUGCCAAGUUGAAUGGCCUCCCUCCUCCACCCCCUGUUGAAGAACUUGAGCUUGAAAAAGUUUUAGGAGACAUGCCUCAGAAGACCUUUGAGUUCAAGCGUGUUUCUCAUGCCACAGAGCCUUUAGACAUUGCUCCUGAGGUAACACUUUUGGAUGCUCUGAAGCGAGUAUUAAGGCUCCCAUCUGUGUGUUCAAAGCGUUUCUUGACCACAAAGGUUGAUAGGUGUGUGACAGGCCUUGUUGCACAACAGCAGACAGUUGGGCCUCUCCAACUUCCUCUUGCUGAUGUGGCUGUGAUUGCACAGACAUACACAGACCUAACAGGUGGUGCUUGCAGCAUUGGAGAACAACCAAUAAAGGGUUUGCUUAAUCCUAAGGCCAUGGCCAGACUUGCUGUUGGGGAGGCCUUGACUAAUCUUGUCUGGGCUAAGGUUACAUCACUUUCUGAUGUCAAAGCAAGUGGGAAUUGGAUGUAUGCUGCAAAGCUUGAUGGCGAAGGUGCAGAUAUGUAUGAUGCAGCUGUCGCAUUGGCUGACUGCAUGAUUGAACUUGGUAUUGCAAUAGAUGGGGGAAAAGACAGCCUUUCCAUGGCAGCCCAAUGUGAUGGUGAAGUCGUCAAGGCUCCUGGAAAUCUUGUCAUCAGUACUUAUGUGACAUGUCCUGAUAUAACAUUGACAGUAACCCCUGAUUUGAAGCUUGGUAAUGAUGGAAUCCUUCUGCAUAUUGACCUCUCUAAAGGAAAUCGCCGUCUUGGUGGUUCUGCUCUUGCACAAGCAUUUGAUCAAAUUGGAAAUGAUUGCCCAGACAUUGAUGAUGUUCUGUACCUGAAGAAGGUAUUUGAGGCCAUUCAGGAAUUGCUCAGUCAACGUCUUAUUUCAGCAGGCCAUGACAUAAGUGAUGGUGGCCUUAUUGUGAGUGUUCUUGAGAUGGCAUUUGCUGGUAAUUGUGGUUUUAAGCUUGACAUAGACUUGGAAGAUAGGAGCCUCCUUGAAGGACUUUUUGCAGAGGAACUCGGCCUUGUUAUUGAAGUGCACUCGAAAUGUCUCAAUAUCGUGAAGCAAAAGCUUGAAGCAACAGGCAUUUCUGCUAAUGUAAUUGGAGAAGUUACUUGCUCACCAGAAAUAGAAGUUUUUGUUGAUGGCAAUCUGCAUCUCAAGGAAAAAACUUCAGAUCUCAGGGAUCUCUGGGAGGAAACGAGCUUCCAGCUUGAGGAGUUACAACGUCUGAAAUCUUGUGUUAAACUUGAGAAAGAAGGAUUAAAAUGCAGAACAUCGCCGUCAUGGUCUCUGUCUUUUACUCCCAAAUUUACAGAUGAGAAACUGUUGAUUGCUUCCUCAAAACCAAAGGUCGCUAUCAUUCGUGAAGAAGGGAGCAAUGGGGACAGGGAAAUGGCUGCUGCAUUCCAUGCUGCUGGGUUUGAACCAUGGGAUAUCACAAUGUCAGACCUCUUGGCUGGGAAGUCUUCUCUAACAGAGUUCCGUGGGAUUGCGUUUGUUGGUGGUUUUAGCUAUGCAGAUGUGCUAGAUUCAGCGAAAGGUUGGGCUGCAUCAAUCAGGUUUAACAAACCCCUCAUUCAGCAAUUUCAGGAUUUCUAUCACAGGCCAGAUACGUUCAGCCUUGGAGUAUGUAAUGGUUGUCAGCUUAUGGCUCUUCUUGGCUGGGUGCCAGGAUCUGAUGUUGGAGGUUCUCUUGGUAAAGGUGGAGAUAUGUCCCAGCCCAGGUUUAUUCACAAUGAAUCCGGCCGUUUCGAGUGCCGGUUUACGAGUGUGUCCAUUGGGGAUUCUCCUGCUAUCAUGUUCAAAGGGAUGGAAGGUUCUACCUUGGGUGUUUGGAGUGCUCAUGGCGAGGGAAGAGCUUUCUUCCCAGAUGAAAAUGUUCUAUCUACUGUUGUGAAGUCUAAUCUGGCACCUGUGAGAUAUUGCGAUGAUUUUAACAACAUAACCGAGACCUAUCCCUUCAAUCCUAAUGGUUCUCCACUAGGUAUUGGAGCACUUUGCUCCCCUGAUGGGAGGCACCUUGCUAUGAUGCCGCAUCCAGAGCGUUGCUUCAUGAUGUGGCAAUACCCAUGGUAUCCCAAGGAAUGGCAGGUUGAGAAGAGUGGCCCCAGCCCUUGGCUGCGGAUGUUCCAGAAUGCUAGGGAAUGGUGUUCAUAGUGCAGGGCAGUGUCUGGAUUCAGCAAUGUGAUCAUCGCCGGGGUACUGGCUGUUACGAGUAUGGAUGGUUGUUCUCAUUCGAUGACCCCCUUUUUUGCGGAAUAAGUGUUUGACCAGCAGUGCGUUAUCCAAUAGCUGAUAUUGAGUUUCAAGUUUGAAAAUUUAAAAAUGGAAAACUGCCUGGUUGUCGCAUAGCCUGUCAGGACGCCUGAUCUGACUCUCUGUCUUGCUGAUGGUUGCCAAAGAUAUAAUAACUGUCAUCUCACAUCAGUGAAUUUCCCAAGUAACACACAGAAUGCUUGAUGUGUUACCCGAAUUAAAUGCUUAUGCGAUGUUUAAGUUUUUGUGCUAUCUGCCUGAUGAUGAGUAAGUUUGGACUCAGUUGAGAUAAUUUUUCUGGUGCUGUGGCAAAUUCUUGGGGUCUCAUAUUACUCCACUAGCGUUUCACUAUUCCAUGUGUCUAACAGUUCAAAAGAACCCUGUGCUUGGUGGCUGGCGAGGCUGGGUCUACUUGACGAAUAAGGGGCAUCCUAUUUCAAAGAUGCUGCAAGGUGCUUCUCUACGGAUUGCUUGUCUGAUGGCACGCUUAAGAAUCAAUACAGCUUGUUACAAAGCUAGCUUGUAUACAGACAUCCAUGGUUGGUUCACAGCUUGUCUGAUGUAUGCUUGUCCAUAUUUUCCUCCGUGAAUGAAGGCAAGCACUCGCCCCAAAUGGAUGGAUUUUCUGGCUGUUCCUUAUCUUUGACAUCUACACAAUUGAUUACUGUUGUAGUGC